CUCCGUCCUCGCCUCGCCAGUGUCAGAAAAGCCUCCGCAGAGGCAACUCUCGUCGUCGGUGCAUUCGCAUCCCUUUGUCAAUACAAACACACAUACUGUGGGCGUGAUCGCGAGGUGAGGAUAAUUCUUCUUCGCAGUUCAAAGUGAGAGUGCUCGGUCGGCCUUUCCGCGGAUUUCGGCCGCUUUAAUUGUUCUUGUGCGAGUGGAUUUUGUCGCCGAAAGUGCAAAGUCGCCCGUUUCUUAAAGGUGCACGCUUCGAGUGGAUUAACUCGGACCUUUGCAGGUGCAGGAUGGUGUGAUCGGCGUUGUUGGCAGCUUUGCAAGUCGCGGCGCAAUGAACCCCGCGCGAUGCCCAUCCAGUUAUCAGCACAGAAGACUGCUCGAGCCCUGGUCCCACCUGGCCACGGCCCUGGUGCUGCUGCUGCUGCUGGUCGCGGCCAAGGGCGGCGCCUGGGUCGAGGACGCCCGGACCAAAGUCUACGUACAACUCGGAGAAGAAAGACCGGAGCGGUUCCUUGGUAACCAGUCGCACAAGGACCACUUCAAGCUACUCCAGAAAGACCACAACUGGCUGCUAGUCGGCGCGAGAAACAUCGUGUACAAUAUCAGCCUGCAUGAUCUCACAGAAUUCACCGAUUAUAGAAUCGAGUGGCCGGCGAACGCAGCCCACCGAGAGUUGUGCUCACUCAAGGGCAAGUCUGAGGACGACUGCCAGAAUUAUAUCAGGAUUUUGGCGAAAAUCGAUGAGCGGCGGCUGCUCAUCUGCGGCACCAACGCCUACAAACCCCUUUGCAGAAACUACAGACUCCAGGAUGGAGAUUACGUUGUGGAGAAAGAGUACGACGGAAAGGGUUUGUGCCCUUUCGACCCCGACCACAACAGCACAGGCGUGUACUCUGACGGACAGCUGUACACGGCCACUGUUGCAGACUUUUCGGGCACCGACCCGAUGAUUUAUCGCAAAACUUUGCGAACCGAAAGAUCCGACCUGAAGCAUUUGAAUGCUCCAAACUUUGUGAAUUCGUUCUCGUACAAAGACUACGUGUUUUUCUUCUUCCGGGAAACCGCCGUGGAAUACAUCAACUGCGGCAAGGCCGUGUUUUCUCGAGUGGCCCGCGUGUGCAAACACGACAAAGGCGGUCCGCACCAGUUCGGAGACAGGUGGACGUCGUUCCUCAAGUCCCGUCUCAACUGUUCCGUCCCAGGGGACUACCCCUUUUACUUCGAUGAGAUUCAGUCGACGAGUGAGAUCGUCGACGGGCAGUACGGCGGCGUCGGCGACCAGUUGGUGUACGGGGUGUUCAGCACCCCCGUCAACUCGAUCAGCGGCUCGGCCGUGUGCGCGUUCAGCAUGAACGACGUGAUGCGCUCGUUCGACGGCCAGUUCAAGGAGCAGGAGACGAUGAACGCCAACUGGCUCGCCGUGCCUGGCAACAAGGUGCCCGAGCCGCGACCCGGCGAGUGCGUCAACGACUCGCGCACCCUCCCGGACGUCACCGUCAACUUCGUCAAGAACCACGCGCUGAUGGACAAGCCUGUGCCUUCCUUCUUCGGACAACCAAUUGUUAUCCGCAUUAGCAUGCAGUACCGCUUCACGAAAAUCGCCGUGGACUCGCAAGUGGCGACGGCCGACGGCAAGAAGUACGACGUCAUCUUCAUCGGGACGGACAACGGCAAGGUGAUCAAGACGCUGAACGCGGCGUCGUUCGACUCGCGCUCGGACGUGAGUCCGGUGGUGAUCGAGGAGAUCCAGGUGCUUCCCAACAACAUCGCCGUCAAGAACCUGUACGUGGUGCGCAUGGCGGGCGCGCUGGACAAGUCCAAGCUGGUGGUCGUGUCCGACGACGAGAUCCAGGCCGUCAAGCUGCACCGGUGCGGCAGCGACAAGAUCACCUCGUGCAGGGAGUGCGUCGCCCUGCAGGACCCGUACUGCGCCUGGAGCGUCCAGCAGAAGCGCUGCGUCGCCGGCGGCGGCGCCGACGCCUGGAGCGCCGCCGGCGGACGCUUCCUCCAAAACAUAUCCUCCGGAGAACACGCUGCGUGCGGGGCCGAAGCAUCCCCACCUGUAGCAGUACAGACUGAGAAAAAUAGUCCCAAUGAAACUGUUAGUCCGACUGCGACCACUCCUCCUCCUCCCUGUGUGUGCCCACACGUUGCCGAAGGUGACUCGAAAAGUUCACCUUCGCCGCCGGUCGUUGUCGUAAAGCCAGAUUCUCGAGGCUUUUAUCAAACUUUGGUUGACGGUGACUCGUCAGAUAGAUCGUCUAACGCGAUAAACCCCAUGCAUAAAUUCGACCCCCUGGACAAUGAAAUCGGUCGAGGGUUGGACGAAAUCAACAUCAUUCCGAGCACUUUGGCAGAAAUCAAUCAACCAGGCCCGAAGCUGCACGCCUCGCAGGAGCGGCCGCACAUUUACACGGCGGACACGUUGGCCGUGGCCGUGGUGGUGGCCAUCGUGGUGGCGCUGGCCAUGGGCUUCACCGCCGGCUUUGCCAUUUCGCGUCGAUGUUGUGGCAGCGACGGCGAGUACGUAUCGACCUAUCGGGACCGGCCCUUUCAGGAGCACCUUAAUAGCUUCCCAGGUCACGACGGAACUCUGAACGACUCGGCGUACCUGCCGCCGUGCACCAACAACAAGCCCAUCAACCUGGUGCUGAACGUGCCGCCCAAGAACGCCAACGGCAAGAACGCCAACUCGUCGGCCGAGAACAAGCCCGUGCAGAAAGUGAAGAAGACCUACAUUUAGUGACAAAUGCGACUGGCCGCGCUCGUUCGCAAGGCGCUGUGCACCAACAAGAUUUCCUAAACAACAAAGUUUUUUAUGAAUGUGCCUGCACACACGAGAGACGAGAUUAUAGAACAAGCCUUUUGAGUCUACAAUUCGCGUUUCCGCAGAAGUUUUAUUUUCAAGGACUUUCCCACCCAGAAGAACAGUCGUCUUAGUGGCAUUCCAAUCGAAACACAGAGACAAAAUUGCGCGGUUGGUUCUAGUUUUCUGCUGCUUGCACUAGGAUUUGUAAACGAAGGCUACUUUAUAAAUAAGACGGGAGCAAAGAAAAAAUAUAUUCGAUUAUUGUGAUUACGGAUGAAAAGUGUUGCAUAAUUAAUAUGAAAAUGGUCAGUUCUGAGAUGUGAGAGUGACUCGCCUGUAAAUAUAUGAGAAUGAAACUCGGUGCAAAUGUGACGCAGGGAAUUUUAGCAGCCCAAAGUUGAAAUUUUUCAUGUGAAUGACUGACUAUUGCUAUAUAAAUAUUGUAAGAUUUCGACGAGAUUGCUUCAUGAUGUAUAUUUUUUCUGGAAUAAUAGUACAAUUUUGAUUUUUACGUUAUACCCCGAGUCCAUUCGAAAGUGCACUCGGCCGCGCAUCUUUUUAAAUAUUUUAUAUCAUUUGUUCCAAAGUGGCGGUCGAGUGGAGAUUCGCAAACGGGAUUCCAGUGAUGAAGCAUGUUGAAGAAAAAAUAUGUAUAAAUAGGCCUAUAAUAAUAUUUCGAGUAUAACAAGGUUGUCGUCAAGAGUAUUAUUAUAGAGGCGAGUUAAAAUAACGGUCAAUGUCAUUUUGUAUAAACAAAAGUAAUAAUUUAUCUCAGCAUACACCUUCCCAACAAAGGAAAACAUUCACUUUUGACAGAGAAAUGCAUUCAAUUUUGAUACGAGAAGUGCUAAACUGUGUUGUAUUCAUUUUGUUCCAAAGAAAUAAUUUUAGUAUGUAAGUUUUCCAGAUUCUGUUUUGUGACCUGGGCUUUUGAAAUAUUUCCAAUUCGAAGAAAGAAAAAACACAAAUAAUUGUGAUCUCUCACUCUCUCUUUCAUUGUAAGAAAAAUACUCACAUCUUUUAUGUCUAAAAUAAAAAAUUAUAUUUUUCUAUAGCCGCAAAAGCCCAGCGCACAAUUCCAGAUUCGAGCUGUUGCGCCCCCUGGCGCGAUCGCUUUUUUAUUUUGAAUGCUCAUUUUUGUUUUAAUUACUGGGCAUCAUAUGUGACUUGGUUUAUCGAAGAUGUAAGUCGUUGAAUAUUACCCUACACUGUAUUGUAUCUUGACUUGCAGGGCGUUUACAAAAUCAUAAUAUAUGCGAUUGCCAAAUUAAGCCUAUAGUGUUUUCAUUCGUGCUAGGUGUUGUCAAAAUAAAAUUCCUCCGUUUUUCGUAAUUCUCGCAAAACAUUUCGCAAAUGAGAUGUUUUUUAUUCAUUCACUGCGUAUGCCUACAGAAAAAAAAACACAAACAUGUUAAUAAAACUAUAAGGAAUACAGAAAGAAACACUGUUCUAUAUUAAGGUGGUAAUGUAAGAUCUCUGCGCUCUUUUGUAUUAAUGUAUUAUAAAAAUGGAUUAUAUAAUUGUGCCCUUCAAGUAAACUCCCUGUAAAAUAAAAUAAAGGAUUUUUAAAAACAA